AUGCGAGAGUCUAUGAAAAUUGAAAAUCCUCGGACAUUACACAGAUUUGCCGAAUACAUUCUCAAAAGAACCAUAGUAGUGGAAGGAGAGAAUUAUUAUAAUAAUAACGAUUGGAGGGUACCGUGGAAGAAAGAUGCAGAUGAACUCUGGACAAUAGAAAAAAUAGUAUGGUACAAAAAUCCGCCAACAAUGGCUCAAAAAUAUAUGAAAGACUUACACGAUGCUCCGAAGAAAGAAGGAGCCGUUCUAUCUCAUCUAUGGAAAGAG